CGCGUUCCUCCUCGGACGAGAACCAAUCUCAGAAAAUCCAAGCAAAGAUCCAGUCUAAAAUCCGAAAAUGGUGGUUCCAAUAGAGUGUUGGCAUCUGUGGCAACAUAGAAGAUCUUUUCUGAAGAUCCAAAGUCGACAUUUCCCAUGAUCUAGCAGCUUUUAGCGACGAGCCAAAGCCGCCCGAUCUCUAAUAAUUGUAGUUGUUGUUUCCGCCAACUCGUGCCUCUACUGCAAGUUAAAUGACAAUGCAAAAGCAACCGAAGGUCCCUCGUAGUAGUCCCAAAUUCGUGGCCGUUCUCCUUCAUAUCCCACUUCUUUCAACAACAAUCUAAAACUCCGAGUACAAAAAUUCCAAACUCCAACAACUGCACAGGGAAACUAUUAGAAGCAGUAUGUAGCUCCGUAAGAGUCUAAACAAUAGACAAAUCUUACAACUACACACUAGUCUUCUUGAAUCUCAGAUUCGACACGUAAGUCUCACCAAAAAUGGCCGCUGAAAGGAAGUUCGAAGACAUCUCCAAGAUGUUGGUGUGCCGCACCCAUCUUGGAACAUUGAACGUGGAUCACCGCAUGAAGCGUUACAUCUUCCGCCGCACUCCGGACGGCAUCCACCUUCUGGACCUCGGAAAGACCUGGGAAAAGAUCAUGGUCGCCGCUCGUGUCAUCGUCGCCAUCGAGAACCCGGAAGACAUCAUGGUCAUCUCCCAGCGUCCGUAUGGUACAUACGAGCUACUAGUUUAGUUUUUUUAGUUAUUUAGAACUACAGUGUAUUGCGUCAUCUUUAGAAGACGGGAUAUUACCGUGAUCAAGGAUUUGAAAUUGCAUUUGAAGCGGUUGGACAUGCUCCGAUUUAGAAGACCCAUAUAUUUCUCUCACUUAGACUUCUUAGUUACCACCUUCAAGAAUCUUACCGCGGAAAUGUUCCGAUGUAAACCUUUUUACCCCAAUCUUCAACCUUUCCUCGCCCAAACGAACCGAUCUCCAAAAUUUCAGGUUCCCGUGCUGUGUUGAAGUUCUCUCAGCACGUCGGUUCCGUGCCGCACCCGGGUCGCUGGACCCCAGGUACACUUACGAACUACAUCACCAAGAAGUUCGCUGAGCCGCGUUUGAUGAUCGUGACGGAUCCCCGUACCGAUUCCCAGGCCGUUAAGGAAGCCGCCUACGCAAACAUUCCGGUACAUUUAGCAUUCUUUUAGUCUUGCACUUAGAGCUUCCGGGUUGAAUGUAGGAUAUCAGAAUUCAGAGGAGGACAUGCCUUCAAAAUCUACUGUCGUUGCGAUGAUAUUAGUUCUGUAGAGAAUUAUGCUUCCUUCAGAAAUCGAGGCGCGUCUGAUUCAUUUCUAAAGAAAUGUGGAUCAAAAACCUGAAAUAUCCUACGGCCACCUCCUAAACUGCCACCGCACAUCGCAUCAUAGUCGUUGAGCAUCAUCCUCCACAUCACAGGUCAUUGCCCUCUGCGAUACCGAUUCUCCUCUUGAGCACAUCGAUUUGGCUAUUCCGUGCAACAACAAGGGUAAGGAGUCCAUCGCUUUGAUCUUCUACUUGCUCGCUCGUGAAGUCUUGUACCUGCGCAAGGGCGCUUUGGACCGCUCCCAGCCGUGGGAAGUCAUGGUUGAUUCCUUCUUCUGGCGUGACCCGGAUGAGCAGCAAGAGCAGGCCGAUGCCGAGGGCAAGUGGGAGGACGCCAACGCCACUGCCGGCAACACGGAAGCCGCUGCCCCGACUCAGUGGACCGAGGACUGGGAAGCCGCCGAAGAUGGUGGCAACUGGGCUGCUGCCGGAGCCGGCGCUGCCGAGGGCUGGUAAAUGCACACAGUCUUCUCCUUCGAGGAGGGAAAAGAAGUUGGGCAGAAGCACCUGAGGAUAAGUAGGAGAUCGAACGGGUGAGGCGAUUGUUCUUCGGAGCUUGAAUUUCGAUUUCCAAGCAGAAGCAGCGGCGAUUUAGACAAAGCAUUGGGGAGACUUGCCUAUUCGCGGAAAAGAUCUGUCCUUCUUCAAAAAGAUGAAAAACAGCUUGCAUGAAGCACCAUCGGCGUUUCUUGCAGGCAAAAACCUAAAAAAAUCUCCGUGUGCUUGGAGGAGAACGCAUGGAGCCUGCGAGACAGAAUUCGAGAGGAGAAGAUAUCUGCCUUGUUGGGACCUCAUUUGGUGGGAAGAAAAGCUAGUCUUAGCUUUGUGGCGCAAAGGCUGUUGCUGGGUAGCGGCCACUAUUCCUAGUAGCAGCGUCCAAGUCGCCACGCUACGGAGUUCUGUUCCACUUCCAUUGCUCUACAUGAACAAUAACGUAAAUGAACUCAAUAACGUAGCAUGACCAAACUUACGUGAAGAUGAGAUGAGAUAAAAAGUGAAGCACAAUGGCAGGACUACUUAGUCCUGCUAUGUGCGAGGACUUGUGGAGGCUGCGUUGGUUUUUGGAAGGCGUGUUCAGUGAUCAAGCCUUUAGGUAG